AUGGCCAUUUCUGAGCAAGACAUCCCUUGGCUCCAGCAAAUCAUUAAUGUUGUAUUGUGCAAUGGUGCCAGUGUCUGGGAGAUAGUCAAUAAGCUUGAAGAUGCCCUCAAGGAAGCAUAUUGUCUGCAAGGCUAUGGAGCCAGUGACCUGGACAUCAUAACAUUGGUUUUUCGACUCAGAGGACAUCAGCUUCUCUUUGCUCUUAAUCAAUGCCUUUGUCUCCUAUCUAUCUGCUGUAAAGACUCAAUGAAAACAUUGACUCCAAAGUUCUCCACACUUCGUGAUGUUAGUCUUAUGGCUGAUGAAAUAGCUCUGGAAGAAAUGGCUGUCCACUUCAGUAAAUACAACAAGAUUGCUGGCAUUUGCUGGAAGCAUUCCCACCUCAUUGACCCUGUUAUUUGCACAUACAAGUCUGCCAUCACAAUUGCACAGAAAAUUCACAAUGGCAAAGUCCACCUUGGGAAGGAGCUUACAGUUAUUGGAGCCGUGUGCUUUGGGGAGGAUGAACUUUACCCCAUUUUAGCAGCACCCACUUGUAAGACUGAAGAUGCGGCUGAUAUGGAGGGUGUAUUGGUUGCAACUGGAGCAGCUGCAUCUGUUGGACCAGUGAGGUCCUUUGCAACUGAUGGUGAUGCUACAUGCCAUGCUGCAGGACACAAAAUUUUUCUCAAGAAACCAUUAUCACUGGAAUCACAGUUAUAUAGCAUACUUAGCAACAUGCCUGGUCUGAACACCAUGACAGGUGAUGCUGAGGUGAUGCUUGAUUUCGACUUCAAGCAUAUUUUUAAAUGCUUUUGCAUGCUCAUUCACUCACCUGCAGGCAUCGUCUUAAAUAACACACAACUUUCCACACAAUUUAGAUUCCUCAUCUUCAAUGCUAUGAUGCUUUCAAGGUACCUUAUUUGGUUGCCCAUGUAUGAUGAAGCCAGUGUUAUGAAACUCCUGCACCCCGAUGAUCCACAAGACGUCCCCUGGGUCAUUGAGUUGAUGCAGGCUAUAGUUGAGUUCUCUAAGUUUCAGCACUCCCUCCUUAAUAACUCAUUUUCAACUGACAUCAACACACACACAUACAGACUUAGUUUCAAUCACUCUCCUCAGCAAUUUGAUUGA